AUGCAUUCCGACCGCACUGUCCACAGGCCGACACAACAGGAAGAACAUCACAACAACCUCGUGCAAAAUAUGAGAAGGAAAGUCUUAAAGAUGGGGAAAAAGAGAAAGGAUCUCAAUGAUGGGUUGACUGAUCAUAUCCUCCAUGCCAACACAUUCAAAUGGAUCAAUGUGCAAGCUAGACCUGAUGUAUAUGCACGGUGUGGACGAGACAUUACUCUCCUCAAUGCACCUGCAGAAUAUGAGAAGAAGACCGAUGAACAGUGGUUUAAGGAUCUAGGAAUCGAAGAUUUUACACCAACAUAG